UCACGUUCGACAUUUGUUGUUUAGAACGAGUGAAAGAAAACACGAUCAUGACUCUGACUCUUAAGUUAAUUAUUAUUUGCUUGUUUUUAUUUACUCAAACUUUCUCAAUGUCUGAAAUACAGUCAGAAGGAACAAUAGAAAAUGACGAAGAAUUGAAAAAAAUGUGGUCAAACACUUUAGAAAAUCUGAAAUUUAUUACAAAAGUUAUAGUGAAAUUCAUACAACCCAGAAUAAAAAGAAUAGCCAAAGAAAUAAAUAUUACUCAAGAAUGUAAAGAAUCUUUUAAACAGUUUCUAUAUGGUCUACAAAAUAAUAAAAUUUGGGCUUUUAAAAUGUUUGAUUCGUGGGGUAAACUACCAGUAGGACAUUUUGGUGGAACUUUAACAGAUUUUGGAUCUUAUUAUCAAUGCAAACAUCUUGUUGAUGAUGUAAAGAAGACUUUUAACACAGACUGGAAGAACUUUUCUCCUCGUUAUUGCAUUCUCGAUUAUCGUUUACCUCCCCCUUCAGUAGGAAAGGAUAUUUCAUCUUACGACACAGUUCCCGAUUUUCUUAAUAUUACCGACAAAGAUUCUGUACAGAAUAAUUUAGUCAGUUACGCUCACGUUUAUCUUCAACACGCUAUUAGAGUCGGAAUAUGUGUUCCCUCUUCCUGUACAUUUUUAUCUCGAGUUUAA